UGGUUAAAUUACUUCUAUCAAGAUAGAAACGAGUGGUUAAUUUUCUACUGAAUAGAAUUUCUUCCUCCUGCGGCGACAAUAAGCUAAUAAGCAUGGCAGCCGACGAUUCCCCGGGGCUGAAAUCUCUGGAGGCGUUGAUUGGUGGUUCUCUCCCGGAGAAUCUCUCGAAGCUAUCUUCUACUUGUCUUGCAAUUCCAGCGAAUAAGGAUUUCCAUUUUCUCUGCAAUUUCGAUGAGUUCAAGCUUCGGAUUGAUGAGAUUUCAGGGAGCUCGCAGUGUGUUCUUGAGACGAUCGGUGGCUUCUGUCGGAAACCGAUGAGAUAUUCAGGGGAUGUUGUAGGAGAUGAUGCGUAUGACUGGCUUGUUAACCUGAACGAUGAAGUUCUCCAGAGAAUUGAUUUGGAUUUGGAAGACACAAUGAAGAAGGAAACUGAUUCGAAACAUGGAAAGGCAAAGGUUUCGUUUCAUAUAGCAACGAUAAAGAAGCCUCAGGAGGAGUAUAAGAUUUUGGUGAACAACGCAAAUGUACCGUUUGAGCAUGUUUGGUUGGAGAAGAAGGAGAACAAUCUAGGCUUUAUUCAUCCACUGGAGAAACUUUCAGUGAUGGACUUUGUUGAUAAAGAUAUAUCAGAGAUGAAACCUGUUGAACCCCUCUCUUUGGAAGGAAUUCCAUUCAAGCUUGUUGAAGAAAUCAAUGAUCUGAAGGAUUUAGCUGCGAAAUUGUCUAGUGUUGAUGAGUUUGCUGUUGAUCUGGAGCAUAAUCAGUAUAGGUCUUUUCAAGGAUUAACAUGCUUGAUGCAAAUAUCUACCAGAACGGAGGAUUAUAUAGUCGAUACAUUCAAGCUUUGGGAUCACGUUGGUACAUAUCUCAGGGAUAUCUUCAAAGACCCUAAAAAGAAAAAGGUUAUGCAUGGAGCAGAUCGAGAUAUUAUUUGGCUUCAACGUGACUUCGGCAUAUAUGUUUGCAAUCUCUUUGACACAGGACAGGCCUCAAGGGUGCUAAAGCUGGAGAGAAAGAGUCUUGAAUUUCUUCUGAAACAUUAUUGUGGAGUUGCUGCAAAUAAACAAUACCAAAAUGCAGACUGGAGAAUACGACCCCUUCCAGAUGUAAUGACAAGAUAUGCUAGAGAAGAUACACAUUAUCUUUUGUAUAUUUAUGAUGUAAUGCGAGUAGAUUUGCACACGGUAGCAAAAGAAGACGAGAAACCUGACUCCCCUCUGGUAGAGGUUUAUAAGCGCAGCUAUGAUGUGUGCAUGCAACUAUAUGAGAAAGAUCUUCUGACUGAGAAUUCAUAUCUUCACAUUUAUGGGGUUCAGGCAGCUAAUUUCAAUGCGGUUCAACUUGCCAUUGUUGCGGGGCUUUGUGAAUGGCGAGAUCGGAUUGCACGAGCAGACGAUGAGAGCACUGGUUAUGUAUUACCAAACAAAACUCUUCUUGAAAUAGCGAAAGAGAUGCCAAUUAAUGUGGGAAAGUUGCGACGGUUGUUUAAGUCAAAGCUUCCUUACAUCGAGCGUAAUGUUGACGCGGUGAUCAGUGUCAUCAGGCGAUCAAUGCAAAAUGCAGCGGCGUUCGAGCCAGUUGUUCAAUCCUUAAAAACAUGGCAUCCUGGAACGGUCUUUGAGAAUAAUAUUGAAAGCACCGUUGAGGAAACAUGCACAGAAGCUGUUGUAGCUUCUUCUCUGAGUUCAAAGAAGUUUUUGCAGGUUGAAAAUGACAUCGGGGGCGUCAGGACCACAGUCUCGCAUGGUUCAGGAAAGGUUAGUGUGGAUGUUUCGGAGGAACAAAGCGGUGGUUUUGGAGCUUUGCCUUCAAAGAGGAAGUUUGGAAGUGAGAACAAGGCAAAUGAAGAGGUCAAAGUGUCCAAGUCAAAGCCAGCAUGUGUCUCUAAGCCAGAUGAGGUAAUUAUUCUAUCGGAUGACAAUGAUGAGUAUGGUGAAGAAACAUCGGAACCCGAAGAUGCGGCGGAUAGUGUUUCAGAAACGCCUUUUAAGGGACCGGAUGUAUCAAUUAACGUGAAGACAUUUGGUCCGGAUAUUAUCGUGUUAGAUGAUGAUGACUCAGAUGAUGAUGAUGACUCGGAUAAUGACUCAGAAACUGGAGAUGGUAGGGAAAGGGAAGUUGAAAGGAUGAAUAAGAUAAGUGAACAGCAGGGGAAAUUCAUGAGUUUGAAACCGGGCUUUCUCAACAUUUAGCUGUUUGAUUAGCUUUUGUAGUACAGUGUUUCAAUGAAUUUCUGUCCCUUAUUCUGUAUUUCUCGUUUGUAUACAAUGUAUUUUGACUUAUAUAUUAAUGUACUUUUAGUGUUCCCAAAAUAUUGUCCUGUAAG